UUGUGGAACCUGCGCGUUCGUUCUUAGUCGCUUUUUUAGUGGUGCCAGUGAGCAUGCGCAUGGUGAGGAGGUGGAGCCUCUUGAAGUUUGAACGGGACCGGAACCGUGUGGCUCGAUGUUUUGAGGGGACCUGGUUUGCGGCUCAGUAUGUCCGUGGUAACACUGCAGCUUGGCCAGUGCGGCAAUCAGAUUGGUUUUGAGGUGUUCGACACUUUGUUCAGUGACUCACACGGUUCCCAGAUAUUCUGCUCUAAGAAAGAGAAUGAGGCCUAUCUAGCUUCAUGCAUGGAAAGAUUCUUCAGGGAGGAGGAGGAUGGCGUUCCAGUUGCCCGGGCUGUACUCAUUGACAUGGAACCUAAAGUUAUUAAUCAAACACUGUCAAAGGCUGCUCAGUCGGGUCGAUGGAAGUAUGGUCAGCAUGCGUGCUUCUGUCAAAAACAAGGUUCAGGAAACAACUGGGCAUUUGGUUACUCUGUUCAUGGACCCAGGCAUCAAGAAUCAAUAAUGAAUUUGAUCCAGAAGGAAGUGGAGAAAUGUGACUCUUUGAGUGGCUUUUUCAUCAUAAUGAGUAUGGCUGGGGGCACAGGAUCAGGACUUGGAACCUUCAUUACACAGAAUUUACAAGAUCAAUUCUCAAACUCUUUGAGAAUGAAUCAGAUUAUAUGGCCUUAUGGAACUGGUGAGGUGAUUGUUCAGAACUACAACUCCAUCUUGACCCUGUCCCACCUGUACCGAUCUUCAGACGCCCUCCUUGUUCAUGAGAACGAUGCCAUCCAUAAGAUCUGUGCCAAGCUCAUGAAUAUCAAGCAGAUCUCCUUCCGUGACAUAAACCAAGUCCUUGCGCACCAGCUGGGGAGUGUGUUCCAGCCCACCUACUCUGCCGAAGGCUCAUCUCACUACAGAAGAAAUCCUCUAGGAGACUUAAUGGAGAAUUUAGUGCCCCAUCCUGAAUUCAAAAUGCUGAGUGUUCGCAACAUUCCUCAAAUGUCAGAGAAUUCAUUGGCAUACAGUGCGUUUACUUGGGCCGGUCUCCUCAAGCAUCUGAGACAAAUGCUAAUUUCUAAUGCAAAAAUGGAAGAAGGUAUUAACUGGCAAGUACGACCUCCUUUGUCAAGACUUCCUCCCCUGGACAAAGCGUUCAUCAGCCAGGAGCUGCACUUCAACACUUCCAUUGCUAACCUGCUCAUCCUUCGUGGAAAAGAAGUGCACACUGCAGAUCCGGGGGGAUUUAAAGAGCCAGCUCUUUACACAUCCUGGUUAAAGCCUGUGAAUGCCUUCCACGUGUGGAAGACCCAGCGAGGCUUUAGAAAAUACGAGAAGUCUGCAGCAUUGGUCAGCAACAGCCAGUUCUUAGUAAAACCUCUCGACAGGAUUGUUGGCAGAGCGUGGAAUAUGUUUGCUUCAAAAGCCUACAUUCACCAGUACAUGAAGUUUGGAGUUGAAGAGGAGGACUUUUUGGACAGCUUCACAUUACUAGAGCAGGUGAUUGCCAGCUACCGCAGCCUCUGAUCAGGAAUAAAGGGGAGAAGUACCUUCAGGCAUUUCAGGAUCAAACUGUUCUCCAUGAGGCUCCCGAAGUCAUGUCUGCCAAAGGAGCAGAGUAGGGUGCCAAUUCCAUUCUGCUCACUCCACCCACGGAAAACGAGAAAAACUUUAAAAAUGGAGAGUAUCAUGUUUUCAAUGAAAACGUUGCUGUGUUUCUUAUAAGAAAAUGCUGCUUCUAUGAGGAACUUUGAAAUACUCUACUGAGAUGGGGACUGCCACAGCUGUGCUCCUUGUCCCCAUGUUCCCAAUUCUGUCCUCAC